GUGAAUAUGAACCACCCGCGCAGGGGUGCUUGCUCUCGCAACAUUAUUUAUUUGUUGUCAGAUUUGUUGUGCUGAUUGCUGCAAUACAAGCUCUGCCGUGAAUUCGGAAAGGAUCAGCUAAAUAUCGGCCAUGGGGGGCCGACGGGGAGGCAAAGGCAAGCACAAGGAUGCCGAGCCAGAGCCUGCUGAGGCAAAGCGUCCAUCCGUUUUUGAGCGACUGCACAAGGGUGAUGCCCAGCCUAAAGGCGAGGACUCGCGGGACGAGGGGCGUGGCCGGGACCGGCAGCGCAACGGCGGGUCCAGCAAGCAGGUGGCGGACUCGUCCGGGGCCGUGAACAAGCGACGCGGCGAGUCACCGGAGAAGGACUCGGCGGACAGACCACGCAAGCGGCAGGCCAUCGUGUGGGAGCCGCCAACCGCCAAGGAGGAAGCUGAGGCGAAGGAGAGGGAAAUGGAGAAGGGCAGAGGCAAGGAAAGCCGGCAGGAGGAUGACAGGUGGGCCGGGCGCAGUGACCGCGACCGUGAGGAUGAUGAAGUCCGUGGGCACCACCAGCAGCCGCAGCGGUCCAAGGACAAGGACAGAGAGCGGGAGCGGGACGGCAAGGAUGGCAAGCGCGACAGCAAGGAGAAGGCUACCUCCUCACGGCGGGACGAUAAGGAUGGCAAGGACAACAGGGAGAAAGACAAGGAGAAGGAGCGGGAGCGGUCACGGAGAGAGCGAGACGACCGGGACAAGGAGCGCGGGUCCCGAGAUCGAGACCGCGAGCGGGAGCGUGAACGCGAACGGGAGCGGGAGCGGGACAGAGAGCGGGACAGAGAGCGGGACAGAGAGCGGGAGCGGGAGCACGACAGGGACAGCCGCCGUGAUGAUCGCGACUUCAGGGACUGGGACCGGGAGCGCGAUUGGGAGCGUGACCGGGAGCGCGAGCGCGAGCGGGACCGCGACUGGGACCGGAGCUCUGUGGACCCCCGGGACCGCGACCGGAUGUUGCCGCCGCUGGACAUGCCAGACAUCAUGGGAAUGGGCAUGGCCGGCCACGACAUGGGCCCCGGCAUGGGCAUGCCCUCCCUCAUGAUGCCGCCCGUCUUCCUGCGCGGCAGCGGAAGCGGCCGCGACAUGUACGAUGGCGGGCCGCCGCUGCCGCUGCCGCCCCUGCGCCGCGGCGACGUCUCGCCGCCAGGUCCCCACCGCGGUGGCGGCGGCGGAGACGACUGGGACUGGGAGUUCCGGGGCGGCGGCGGCGGCGGCUUCCGGGGCCAGCAGCCGCCGCUGCCACCGUACGGCGGGCCACGCGGGGCUCCGCCUCGGGGUGGCAGGGAAUACAUGGAGGGUGGCGGCAUGGGCGACAUGGACAUGGACAUGCCGCCACUGAGCGCUGGUGGCGGAGGCGGGCCCAGCUUCAACGCAGACACGUCCAACGCCUACCUCGAUGGAGGCGGCGGCGGCAGCACCGGCGGCCACGCGUCGCCGCCGCCGCCACCGCCGCUACGCGGUGGGCGCGGCGCCGGCAGUCUGCCGGGCGCGGCAGGCGGUGGGAUGAUGAUGCUACCGAUCCUUGGCGGUGGUGGAGCUGGUGCUGAGCGUGGCUACGGGGGGCAAGGCGGUGGCAUGCCUCCUGUUUUAGAGGCAGGGGCCGACGGCGACCGGGGGCAGGCUGCGAGCGGCGGCGGCACGGCAGCUGCGCCUCCGGCCAAACCCGUGGACCCAGUGGUGCAAGCGCGCAAGCGGCGGGCUCUGUACCGACACCGGGGGCAGCUGGCCGCGCUGUUGGUGUCACCGCAGCUACAGCUCCUGGGCGAGGAAGCGCGUCAGGAGUUUGAAAAGACGCUCAAGUCACUGGACGCGGAGGUCUCACAGCUGGCGCCGGAGCAGCGCCCCUCGCUGGCGGCAGACCCGCGGCCCGCCGUCCUGGGGCAAGCGCGGCCGUCCGCGCCCGGCAUCACGCCCGCGGCCUCGGCCCGGCUGCGGGCGUUCCCGCUGGCUGAGAGCCUGUUGGACGACAGCUACUGGGCCGCGGCCACACAGGCGCUACUUAACGCCUGCACUGCGCAGCCGCACAUGACGGUGGGAGGUGGUCAGCAGGCGGCUGUGGCGGCCACGGCCGCGGCAGCCGCGGUGGCGAGCGCUCUCGCGCCGGGCGGCGAGCGGUAUGCUGCUGCUCAUCGGCGCAACCUCAUGCUAUGCAAGCAGCUGCAGGAUGACCUGGUGACGCAGCCGUGGUGCCGUACAGGAGCCGGCGGCUCGUUCACGCUGACUGCGGUGCAGCAAGCACAAGGGCUGUACUGAAUGGCUUCCGUCCGUAGUGCUGUGCGCCGUGGCAUUGUCCGGCUGUAAACGAUGGCCCCACAGCAACUGUUGUAUUGGUUGCUUGCCCAAGCGGGUAACCUGGACCUGACGUGGUCGUAGGUGUUCGUUCGCCUCUUGCUCGGCCAUACGUAAUAUGGAUAGCAUGAGAGCCUGGGGCAUUUAGAUGCUACGACGGUCGUACACGCUUCGAUGUCGGUCUGCCCAGAAACGGUUGCGCAUGGGUCGAUUGCGUUGGUCUGCAUGAGUACGUGUGAAGUGUUUGGUUGGGGAACAUGGACGCUGAUGGUGUAGGCCCACCCUGCUGUAUAAAGCAAUCGGCUGCAGGAAGCGACGCGUGGCACGGACCUAUGCAGCUUGGAACAGGAACGUCACAUUGCGCGCCGAAGAGUUGACGUGUUGACGUCUGUCCGUAAUGCCUGAUACGGGUCUGGCUGCCAGUCACACACUGAAGUCUGGCUGCCAGUAACACACUUAGGUCGCAAAACCUAUCACAUUGGCUUAUGAGG